GGUCCCCCAGCAAUCCCCUUCAUCCACUACAAAAAUGGUCACGCUCCUCUCUUGGGUCACUACUGUUUUCACCACCACCACUAUAAUUACCGUUACGAGCUUCAGUGUACCACCAUGUCAUCGCUCUCAGUGCGCUUUCUUUCACCUCCCCCGUUUUCUUCCACCUCUGCAUGGCCAAGAACAGGGCUUGCAGCCAAUCAGGGGUUGGCGCCGGUUUUGGCGGAGGUGGACGUGGGGAGGCUGGAGCCGAGAGUGGAGGAGAGAGAUGGGUACUGGGUGUUGAAGGAGAAGUUCAGGGAAGGUAUAAAUCCUCAGGAGAAAUUGAAGCUCGAGAGAGAGCCUAUGAAGCUUUUCAUGGAAGGUGGGAUAGAAGAUUUGGCCAAGAUGUCGCUGGAGGAGAUUGACAACGAUAAGGUUUCCAAGAGUGAUAUUGAUGUAAGGCUCAAGUGGCUUGGUCUCUUCCAUAGGAGAAAGCAUCAGUAUGGUAGAUUUAUGAUGAGACUGAAGCUACCUAAUGGUGUAACAACAAGUUCACAAACUCGAUACUUAGCGAGUGUGAUUAGGAAAUAUGGGAAGGAUGGGUGUGCGGAUGUGACCACCAGGCAAAAUUGGCAAAUUCGUGGAGUGGUACUGCAAGAUGUGCCAGAAUUACUUAAAGGUCUUGCGGAAGUUGGCUUGACAAGCCUCCAGAGUGGAAUGGAUAAUGUGAGAAACCCUGUUGGGAACCCCCUUGCAGGCAUUGACAUACAUGAGAUUGUUGAUACACGUCCUUACAACAACUUGUUAUCACAAUUUAUCACUGCUAAUUCACGCGGUAAUCCGGCUGUCACUAACUUGCCAAGGAAGUGGAAUGUGUGUGUAGUGGGUUCUCAUGAUCUGUUUGAGCAUCCUCACAUCAAUGAUCUCGCUUACAUGCCUGCUAUAAAGGAUGGAAGGUUUGGUUUUAAUCUGCUGGUUGGUGGCUUCUUUAGUCCCAGGCGAUGUGCAGAAGCAGUCCCUCUCGAUGCCUGGGUCUCAGCGGAUGAUGUAAUCCCCGUGUGCAAAGCCAUACUGGAUGCUUAUAGGGAUCUUGGCACCAGAGGGAACAGACAGAAAACAAGAAUGAUGUGGUUGAUUGAUGAACUAGGAAUGGAAGGAUUCAGGUCGGAGGUAGUGAAAAGAAUGCCCAACCAAGAGCUGGAGAGAGCUUCUCCUGAAGAUCUAAUUCAGAAGCAAUGGGAAAGGAGAGAGUAUCUUGGUGUCCAUCCACAGAAACAAGAAGGCCUUAGUUACGUGGGUCUUCACAUUCCGGUGGGUAGAGUCCAAGCAGAUGACAUGGAUGAACUUGCUCGUCUAGCCGACAUAUAUGGCUGCGGCGAACUUCGGCUCACUGUGGAGCAAAACAUCAUAAUUCCCAACAUUGAGAACUCAAAGCUCGAAGCCUUACUCAGAGAGCCUCUAUUGAAAGACAGGUUUUCGCCAGAACCGCCUAUUCUCAUGAAAGGGUUGGUGGCAUGCACUGGCAAUCAAUUCUGUGGGCAAGCCAUUAUAGAGACAAAGGCCAGGGCCUUGAAAGUGACUGAGGAAGUUCAACGGCAAGUGGCGGUGACUCGGCCAGUUAGGAUGCACUGGACAGGCUGUCCAAAUAGCUGUGGGCAGGUUCAAGUGGCUGAUAUUGGUUUCAUGGGGUGUAUGGCAAGGGAUGAGAAUGGGAAGCCUUGUGAAGGUGCUGAUGUUUUUCUGGGAGGCAGAAUUGGGAGUGACUCACAUUUGGGAGAUCUUUACAAGAAGGGUGUUCCUUGCAAGGACUUGGUGCCAUUGGUGAUGGACAUUCUGGUUAAACAUUUUGGAGCUGUACCAAGGGAGAGGGAAGAGACUGAGGAUUGAUUCAAACAACAAGGUUACUUCUUGUUCUUUUACCAGUUUGGAUGACUCCCUGCAAUGCAUUUGUUCUGAGAGAGGGAACAUGAUGCGUCAAGGAAAUCCUUAUGGGACUAAAUUUGUGAGAGGGAGGCACAUUUUAGUGCCAUACCCAGCUUUAAACAUGUUGGUUUUAUUGAUAAUUUUGCUGCUCUAUCAGGAGCCUGUUUGAAUUAA